CCCAACUGUGUGUGCGGUGCUGGCUGGCUGCUAUAUCAGUGGUUGGGUGGGGAAGUUAUGGCAAAUGCAAAGCUUAACGCUUCUCAAGCGGCUGUGAUGUGUUAUUUAACCAUUUUGUUACAACUGCCCUCUAUAAUAUCUCUGCUGGACUGUUAGGUGCUGUAGAGAAGGCAAGAAAACACGUCGGCAGUUCUCCUUUUCCAUCCCGGCUGUGCUCUCUCAUGUGCUUUAAAACAAUGCUCUUUGUGCAAACUUUAGUUUGUGAGAGCCUGCAAGAUCAACGUGUGCACUAGCAUUGGUGCAUAUCAGCUUCCAAUUUACUCCAGUCUCCCAUCAUACCGGGUUUAUCCAGCUCUUUACAUUUUGGUGUAUCAAACAUUCUGAAGACAUGGUGUCCAGACCUGGAGAGCUUCCAGCUCUGGAAGCAGGUUCAGUCGUCCCUGAUGGUCUCCUCGGAGGACUGUCCAUCCCCGUCGGGAUGACCCGCCGAGCUCUCAGCUAUGACGAAAACCUUGAGCGACCUAUAUCUCCGCCUCCAUCCGACAUUAAUAUUAGCAACCUUUGGAAGCGACCUGUUAUUCCUGAGAGGAAAUUUGCACGACUAGCUGAGGAAGAGGAGUCGGAUGGAGGAGCAAAACAAAGUGCAACCUUAGAAUCCUCCAAACCCCAACUCCCUGUGGUGAAAGCAAAAGCCUCGUCUGUCAUGAACUCCCUCAUCAUCAAACAGACCCAGGAGAGCAUGCACAAGUUCGAAAAGCAGGCAGGACUUACCGAUACGGGCUACACCCCGCACAAAGGCCUGACUGCCGAAGAGACCCGCUAUCAUCGUCUGGCAGAGUCCAUGCAUAAACUUCAGAUGCAAAGCGUGGAUGCCAGGGAGGAUAAACAGCCGUCUUCCGGUCAGUCAACACCCGCCGGGACCCCACAGUCAUCACCCAAACAGAGACGCAAGGGCUGGUUCAACAGUCAGGGCUCUACCGCAUCCCUCACAAGCUCUGAGAUGAGUACCAGCUCUAGCUCCAGUAUAGAUCUGCCUACAGGUGAGGGAGCCGUGGAGCGCUGGAGCUUUUUUGGACCUCGACCUCAAGUCGGCAAAUCUACCACUGACCCAGGUACAGAUCCAGCCCCAACAGGAGGUUUUGCUCUGCAGUCUUAUAAGGGAGCUCAGAAACCAACCCCAAUGGAAGUGAUGAAGGCCCAGGCCACCCGCUUGGCCGAGGACCCCACCAACUUUAUACCUCCCCCCAAGAUGGAGAUCCCUACCGUGGAGGGAAAGAGGCCGAUGGCCCGACCACACAAACUCAAACACAGAGACAUGAACGUGCUUACGCCAUCAGGAUUCUAAGAACCACUUCCUGUUACUUCCUCGGAUCGUACACAUUGUGAACCAACCUGUAGCUGGUCUACCCCUGUGUUCCCCUGUGCUGUCUUGCUGUUCGGUUAAUGCUCACAUAAUGCUUACAGCAUCACUGUGUUGGUGUCUAAUGUCGAUAGGGUUAGCUUUCGAAAGAUGUCUUGUGUGAAUGAUCACCUUUUUCGGUGCCAGUCUUUGCUUUGCAUUUUAAUUCAUCCAAAAAAUGGCUACUGUAAAGAGAUAUUUCAACAAUAAAGUAAAUAUCAUUUGGGCAUCUUAAUGCAGCACCGACAGAAAUACAACAUCAAAGUACUGCGGGAGCGAUUUAAAAGCAUAUGUAGGUGUCUUCCUUCACUGUACUUUGAUGUAAUGACGCCUGUCAGUCUAGGCGGUGCGCAAUGAGAUUAAAAGCACCUAUUGUUUUAAACCCAUAUGACUUGAUGUGUUUCGUGGAAUACUAUCAAGCAAAAUCGUAGUGUUAAGUUUCAUUUUUCUGGAUAAAGAAGCAACCUGAACGUUCCUCAUUCUUCAGAUAUCUUUUCAUUUUCCACAGAGAUAAGACAAUGGGUUUGGAAUGAGAUUACAGAAUUUCCUGUUGUGAAUAAUCUCUGUACGUGAGCAUGUGGGUUUGUGCGUUACUAUGAUGUAAAUAUUCAUUAGCUUACUUUAACACUGACCAAUCAAAUGCAUAAAGUUUUAAUGUGCAGAAUGAGAUAGCCACACGUUAAACUUGAGAUUUUGUUUUUGUCUCCCUACGGCAAUUGUCAAAUGCUAUUGUAAUUUUUCUGUAUAACAUCAGUACACAACGGCUUCGGUGGUAACUUAAUUCUUUAAGUCUUUACUGUUACGUAUCGUGAUCUGUGACAUUUUAAGCAUCAUUUUGAUGCGGUUGUGACAAGGACGGUCUAACAAAUGAUGAGGCGCUAAAAUGACUGAAGGCUAAAACAUGUUUUGGCUGAGAUUUAAUUUAAUGCAGCAGCUCUCCAGAGAGGAUGUUAUAUUUUUUUUACAAGUUAAAUGUUUUGUUUCAAUUUCUCAGAAGAUCGAAUGUAGUAAUUUUGGUCUUGUAAACUGUUAAUACAUUGAUAAAUAAAUAUAAACAAAUGUCA